AUGGCCGUCAAGACACCCGCACCGUCACCGAUUAGGGGCAUCUACGGAUACGUCCUCUACGUGUCCUGCUGGUUGGGGUUCCUCCUGUACGUCAUUUGGGCCUACUUGCCCAGCCCGUGGCUCGAAGCUGUUGGCGUAACGUACUUGCCGAACAAGUACUGGGCUAUUGCCGUUCCGCUGUACGUCAUGACUGCCGUACUGGUGUUCGGCACGUGCCUCUACCCCGGGUAUAUUAUGCUCGCUACAGCACCGCUAGAUUCAGAGUCGGUGCUCACGGAUAGGCAUGCUGUCUACACGUACAGCGGCAAGGUGCCCAAGGACGCCAUUAUGCCCGUUAUGGACCUCGAUAUUUCGGACGUCUGCAAGACGUUGUACUUGAAAAGAUAA